GAGACGCCGGAGUGGCGGCCACUUCGAAAGCAGCCACGGGCUUCAGCCCCCGGCUUUCCGGCGACCCCCUCUCGGCCCCCGCCCGAGUCUCAGAGUCGUGACUUUCCGACCUCGCUCCAGAGACCCCGCAAGUCCGGACUCCGACUGUCCCGCCCGGGACAAGUCCGAGGCCCCGGCGACCCCUCGAGUGGGGGGCCUGCCCGACAAAACACUCUCCCCGCCCGGGGUCAGAGGCCGCCCGCCGUCGCCAUGGCAUGCAGUUUGCAGAAGCUGUUUACUGUGGAAGAGGAGUUUGAAGAUGAGCUUUGGAGAUGUGUAAUUACAGGCUGAAAAAGUGACUGCUAAGUGUCCCUUUCGGGUCUUACCAGGACUUCUUGUCUGCCGUGGAGGAUGCAGAGAAUCGGCUUGCUGGCUCUCGGUCUGUGAAGGCUGGGUGCCUGAGACCCUCCUCUUCCAGCCCACGGGACUCCGGGCAGGCACAGUCUCCCGGGCAGCUGCCAUCCGGCCCCACUGCUCCUUCAGAGGCUUUGGGCCCAUCAGCCCUGGGACUCCGCCUUUCUACCUCCAGCAUGCCCGCGGCCAUCAGGGGUCCACCUUCUGUAGGAACAGCCUCCCUAAGGCCUAUCCCAACUUCCAGCAGCUGGACUGGCCAUCAGAGACGCGUGGCACUGGCAGAAGUGCUCAAAGUGCCACCUAGACACCAGACCUCUGCCUCCCACUCCCUGCUCAGGUUUGAGAGCCAGCAGCCAGUAACUGGAGGCUUCGAGGGGCCUGAACAAGAUGAAUUUGAUAAGGUCCUCGCAAGCAUGGACCUGGACCUUGGAGGCAGCAGUGAGGCCCCAGGAAUCUUGGCCACAUGGCAUCAGGAGGACUCAGCAGUGGCUAAAAAGGCCCGGGUCACUGAGCUGAGUGGGUCUUGCCUGAAGGGGCCUGUGCCUGCCCCCAAUAUGACUAGUGUCCUGUCAGCCCAUGGUGAGCCUCCAGAGCCUGUUGUCCACUGCAGGACUCCAGAGCCCCAUGCGAGAUCGGCUGCCACCAGUGACUUUCCCAUUCCUGUUCAGCAGCCCCGCUUGGAAGCCUGUCGGAGGGGCCCCCUUCUUCAGGCACCACAGCCUCUCCAAGCAGCUGGCGGGCCUGUUCAGAGCUGCCCUCAAAACCGUUUUCCUGGUCACUCAUUCCAGUGUCCAGACGCCUCCAUACCUGGCAAAUCUCAUUUUCCCGGGCCACGGACUCCCAACUCCAUGUGCUCUGCUCCCUCAAAGACUAUCUCCGGAUCGUUUCCUCAGAGCCCCUUACGACCCAGAGCACCAGUGUCUUCUGUCAGGUGUCCUCUCAGCACCCCAAAGAGCUCCCAUUCCUUCCCGGUUCCCCAGGCAGCUCUGCAGACACCCAUCGUCACCAACCACCUGGUGCGGCUGGUCACUGCUGCCCACCGGACACCCCAGCAGCCCACCAGCCCCAAAACACGGCGCUUCCCUGGCCCAGCUGGGGUCCUGCCUCACCAGCUCAGCGGGAAGCAUCUGGAGGAGAUCAUGGUUUCCACACCCCAGACUCCAACUCAUGGUGCUCUGGCUAAAUUCCGGACAGAGAUUGUUACCAGUUCCCAGGCAUCAGCAGAGGAGGACUUUGGACGAGGGCCGUGGCUGGCCAUGAAGUCUUCUCUGGGCUUAGACGAGAGAGACCCCACCUGCUUCCUCUGUGCCUAUAGCAUUGUCAUGGUGCUGCGGAAGGCAGCCCUGAAGCAGCUUCCUAGGAACAAGGUCCCCCACAUGGCUGUGAUGAUCAAGUCCCUGAGGCGGAGCGUGAUGGACGCCAGCGUGGUUUUCAAGGACCCCACAGGAGAGAUGCAGGGCACGGUGCACAGGCUGCUGCUCGAGACCCGCCAGAGUGAGCUGAAACCUGGCUCGGUGCUGCUGCUAAAGCAGGUUGGAGUGUUCUCUCCGUCGCUCCGGAAUCACUACCUCAACGUGACGCCCAACAACCUGGUCCGUGUUUACAGCCCAGAUUCCGGGGAUGGGAGCUUCCUCAAGCCGUCUCAGCCCUUCCCCAAGAACCCGGGAAGCUUCCCUGGCAGCCCCCAUCAUGAGACUGCAAAGUCUGGAAAAGGCUUGAGAACAGCACCAAACACAGAGACAGGGGCAUCCCUCGAGGAAGAGCUCCCAGAAGCAGAUGACCUGGAUGGACUCCUCAGUGAGCUCCCUGAGGACUUCUUCUGUGGGACCAGCAGUUGGGACUGCCCCAAGGCAGCGCCCCCGCCUUGAGCAGGCGGCCUCUCGGCACCCAGGAGAGCCUCUGCUUGUGUCUGAUUGGGUCCCAGAGAGAGAGGAAGCCCAGCAUGAUGGGACAGCCAACAAAGCCCAGGACUGUGGUUACCCCCCUGGACGCCUUCCCAGGAACACCCUCGUCCCUCAGAUUCUGCACUGCUGUCACUUUGGGUCUUCCUUUGGCAUUCUAGAACCCAGCCCCAAGGAUGGCCCUUCUGCUCUACUGUCCUCCAAGCCCUUGGAUGCCACCAUCCCUUCUCCUCCUGCCAACAGGGGAGGUGUGUCCCCCUCCUGCUUCACCUUGACUUUCGAGGACCCUGAUCCCUUUAUUCCCUAUUCCCUGGACCGCUGAGGAGUCACACCACAGUCGUGGUGACCCAUUCCUCUGGCUAGAGGAGGAACACACUCAGACCUCCCUCUGCUUUGUCUCUCCAGGCCUGCAGCUGCCCAGCUCACCUGUGCUCAGGGUUCCCAGGUGCGGGGGUGGGACAGGGCUGUGACGUCUUGUUCGGAAUUAAAGCAGCUGUCU